GGACCGGAGCCAGCCAGUGAGCGGAGGCUGGGAGAGGGAGGAGCAGAUCUUGAUGCAGAGAUGCUGCAGUGGCUCUGGGAGCGCACACACACGCGCCCUCACUGCCACCGCCGCCGUCGCUGUGGCCGCUGCGCCAGGACAGCCAGCAACGGAAGGGCAGAGGCCCAAGCAGCUGGUGGAGAGCUGGCAGGGGGUCCGUCGCGGCUCACCAACCCAGGCAGCAUUCACCUGCCCGGCCAGCCCCUUCCUUCACUGCAGGUGCUCCUCGGCCUCCAGUCCAGUGCAUCUCCAGCUGGCCUAAGGCUCCUCUCUUCACAGUCUGCACCACCUGGACAGCCCACCAUGGGGACAACCCCCAGGACAAAGCCACACCUGCUGCUGCUGCUGCUCACCAUGGUCCUCAUCUCCACUCCAGCUUGGAGUCUGGCCCAGGUAACUUCAGCCACUUUUGGGCCUGUCUUUGAAGACCAGCCUCUCGGCCUGCUGUUCCCAGAGGAGUCCACAGAGGAGCAGGUGACACUGGCAUGCCGGGCCCGCGCCAGCCCUCCUGCCACCUACAGGUGGAAGAUGAAUGGCACAGAGAUGAAGCUGGAACCAGAUUCCCGUCACCAGUUGGUGGGGGGCAACCUGGUCAUCAUAAACCCCACGAAAGCCCAGGAUGCCGGUGUCUACCAGUGCCUGGCCUCAAACCCAGUGGGCACUGUGGUCAGCAGGGAGGCUGUCCUCCGCUUCGGCUUUCUGCAGGAGUUCUCCAAAGAAGAGCGAGACCCAGUGAAAGCCCACGAAGGCUGGGGGGUGAUGUUGCCCUGUAACCCACCCGCCCACUACCCAGGCUUGUCCUAUCGCUGGCUCCUCAACGAGUUCCCCAACUUCAUCCCGACGGAUGGGCGUCACUUCGUGUCCCAGACCACAGGGAACCUAUACAUUGCCCGGACCAAUGCCUCUGACCUGGGCAACUACUCCUGCCUGGCCACAAGCCACAUGGACUUCUCCACCAAGAGUGUCUUCAGCAAAUUCGCACAGCUUAACCUGGCUGCAGAAGAUCCCCGGCUUUUUGCACCCAGCAUCAAGGCCCGGUUCCCUGCAGAGACCUAUGCACUGGUGGGACAGCAGGUCACCCUGGAAUGCUUUGCCUUUGGGAACCCAGUCCCCAUGAUCAAGUGGCGCAAAGUGGACGGCUCCUUGUCCCCACAGUGGGCCACCGCCGAGCCCACCCUGCAGAUUCCAAGUGUGAGCUUCGAGGAUGAGGGCACCUAUGAGUGUGAGGCAGAGAACUCCAAAGGCCGCGACACCGUCCAGGGCCGCAUCAUCGUGCAGGCUCAGCCUGAGUGGCUCAAGGUGAUCUCAGACACGGAGGCCGACAUAGGUGCCAACCUGCGUUGGGGAUGCGCGGCCGCUGGCAAGCCCCGGCCCACUGUGCGCUGGCUGCGGAACGGGGAGCCCCUGGCCUCCCAGAACCGGGUGGAGGUGUUGGCCGGGGACCUGCGGUUCUCCAAACUGAGCCUGGAAGACUCAGGCAUGUACCAGUGUGUGGCAGAAAACAAGCAUGGCACCAUCUAUGCCAGCGCCGAGUUGGCUGUGCAAGCACUGGCCCCUGACUUCAGGCAGAACCCCGUCAGGCGUCUGAUCCCGGCGGCUCGAGGGGGAGAGAUCAGUAUCGCCUGCCAGCCACGGGCGGCACCCAAGGCCACAGUGCUCUGGAGCAAAGGCACUGAGAUUCUGGUCAACAGCAGCAGGGUGACGGUGACUCCAGGUGGCACCUUGAUCAUAAGGAACAUCAGUCGCUCUGAUGAAGGCAAAUACACCUGCUUUGCUGAGAACUUCAUGGGCAAAGCCAACAGCACCGGGGUCCUGUCUGUGCGUGAUGCAACCAAGAUCACUCUGGCCCCCUCCAGUGCUGACAUCAACCUGGGCGACAAUCUGACCCUGCAAUGCCAUGCCUCCCACGACCCCACCAUGGACCUCACCUUCACCUGGACCCUGGAUGACUUCCCCAUCAACUUUGAUAAGCCUGGGGGGCACUAUCGGAGGGCCAGUGUGAAGGAAACUGUCGGGGACCUGAUGAUCCUGAAUGCCCAGCUGCGCCAUGGAGGGAAGUACACAUGCAUGGCUCAGACGGUGGUAGACAGUGCAUCGAAAGAGGCCACUGUCCUGGUCCGAGGUCCGCCAGGUCCCCCGGGAGGCGUGGUAGUGAGGGACAUCAGUGACACUACUGUCCAGCUUAGCUGGAGCCGUGGCUUUGACAACCACAGCCCCAUUGCCAAGUACACCCUGCAAGCCCGCACCCCACCUGCGGGGAAAUGGAAGCAGGUCCGGACCAAUCCUGCCAACAUUGAGGGCAACGCCGAGACUGCCCAGGUGCUGGGCCUCACACCCUGGAUGGACUACGAGUUCCGGGUCUUAGCCAGCAACAUCCUGGGUACCGGCGAGCCCAGUGGGCCCUCCAGCAGAAUCCGGACCAAGGAAGCAGUCCCUUCAGUGGCACCCUCAGGACUCAGCGGAGGAGGUGGAGCCCCUGGAGAGCUCAUCGUCAAUUGGACUCCCAUGUCACGGGAGUACCAGAAUGGAGACGGCUUCGGCUACCUGCUGUCCUUCCGCAGGCAGGGCAGCAGCGGCUGGCAGACCGCCCGAGUGCCUGGCGCCGACGCCCAGUACUUCGUCUACAGCAACGAGAGCAUCCAGCCCUACACACCCUUUGAGGUCAAGAUCCGCAGCUACAACCAGCGCGGGGAUGGACCUGAGAGCCUCACGGCGAUCGUGUACUCUGCCGAGGAAGAGCCCAGGGUGGCCCCUGCCAAGGUCUGGGCCAAGGGAGUCUCAUCUUCAGAGAUGAACGUGACUUGGGAACCUGUGCAACAGGACGUGAAUGGGAUCCUCCUGGGAUAUGAGAUCCGAUACUGGAAAGCUGGGGACAAAGAAGCAGCUGCUGACCGAGUGAGGACAGCAGGGCUGGAGACUGUUGCCUGUGUCACCAGUCUGCAACCCAACACCAAGUACCAUGUGACCGUGCGGGCCUACAACCGGGCAGGCACUGGGCCCGCCAGCCCUUCCACCAAUGCAACCACCAUGAAGCCCCCCCCUCGGCGACCUCCCAGCAACAUCUCCUGGACUUUCUCAAGCUCCAGUCUCACCAUCCAGUGGGACCCUGUGGUCGCUCUGCGAAAUGAGUCUGCGGUCACUGGCUAUAAGAUGCUGUACCAGAAUGACUUACACCCGACUCCCACGCUGCACCUCACCAGCAAGAACUGGAUAGAAAUCCCCACGCUGGAAGACAUUGGCCAUGCUCUGGUACAGAUUCGGACCACAGGGCCUGGAGGGGAUGGGAUCCCAGCAGAAGUCCACAUCGUGAGGAAUGGAGGUGCUGACUCUUCCCAGCCUUAUCCCAGGGGCACAAGCAUGAUGGUGGAGAACGCAGCAGGCUGCCCGGCCCCACAUCCCAAUACCAUCUUCUCCCACUCCGUGGUGAUGUUCAUCUUCAUAGGCUACCUGGAGCUCUGAUCUCAGAACCCCUCCCUCUGCACCGCAGCCAGACAUCCCCCUCCCAUGGACACAGCCAGCUGGCCCUGGCCCCUUCCUGAUGCCAAGAUGGCCCAAUGCUGUGUAGAGAAGGGGUUUGAAACGCCUGCUUUAAAUAGUACCCUUUUGUUGGAAGCAGGAUAUUUCAUAUUCUGCCACAGGACAGGACCACGCAAGGAUAUUUUCUUUAAAUUGAGGCACUGGGCAGUGACUUCCAUGAUGAUGCUCAGCCCAAUGCCUGGGCCCCUUGGGGUCCUGGAUGGAAGGAACAGGCCUAUUGGGCAAAGGGGUUGUAAUAUGCCUCUUCAAAUCAGUGGAAAUGGUACUCUGAGACCACAUGUGGCUCUGCCACCUGACAGUAGAGUCCUGAGACGAGGACCAGGCUAAAGAAGCAGGACAAAGUAUCAAUAUCCCUCCACUAAGGAGAGGGCAAACCCUGGGACCAUAGCUUCUGCUGGUUCCCCAGGGAGCAGCAUGAUGGGACCUGUCAUUGCCAUCCAUGACAGCGAGCAGCCCUGCCUGCCCUGGUGAUUAAGAUCCAGGGCUCUGAUGCCCACAGUCAGGAGGCCAAGAUUCUUUGGGGUAAGGGGAUAAGACUCCAGGCUGCUGCAGGUGGGAGCUGCAAAGUGUUGAGAGGCUGGGACCCCUGGUAGAAAGGGGCACCUGCCCAGGCCUGAGGCUUGGUCACCAUCCAGGUGACACUGCCCUCCCAGCCAACACUGCCAACCCAACCCUGUUACCCCAAGGGUGACAGAGCCACUUCAGGUGGCUGGGUGACUAAAGGGCUUGUCUUGGGGAGCCUCCCACCAAGAUCCAUCCUGCAUAGCACCCUCCUUCCUCCAGCUCUGCCUCCACCUCCCCCACCUGCAGGCCCAGCUGCUGGCCACCGUGCAACACACACUGUCCUUCCUCAUCCUGAGGUAGGGAGGCUCCUGAGAGGGCAAAGAACAACACAGGCCUCCCUGCUCCCAGGAGUUCUCCGGAUCACCUGACGAGACCCAGACUACCUGAACUACUCUUCCGCAUUCCCAGAAGAAAAGGGGUUAAUAAAGGGACAGCCUACCUUCUCAGGGUGCACUGCCAGUCAGAAGACCACUGGGGCUAAUAAAGGUCCACAGCCUGCAUGUCACAGAUGAUGAAAUGGAGGGCCACCGAGGGUCAGGGACUCCUCCAGAUCACACGGCCUAUAAGCGGCAUGGCUGGGGGAAGAACCAUCUCCUAGCUGGCUGUUCAAGGCUGUGUGUAGGCAGAGGAAGGAGGCAGAGCCGACAUGGCCUCAGCAUGGCUGGGAAGACGGCUGAGGUCACAGGGGCAUGAGCAUCCUCUUGGGUUUAAGCUUGGUGACCGAGCCUAUCAGCCUGGCCCAGCCAGCUUCUAGUGCAGCAGAUUCCUGGAGACAUCCAGGCACUCUCUGCCUUCUAGGCCUAGCCUCUGGUGGGAACUCAAAAUGCUGUGCUGUGAACUCCCUCGCUCUUGCUGCAGAAAGAGGCUAAAGCAAGGACAGAGUACCCAGAUGGAGGCCACAGUGACAGUACAACCAGAAUCCCCAAAGCCUGCACUGUGACAGCAGGCUACUGGUGUUCGGGGAGCAAUGGAACAGGCAUCUGGAAGGGCAUCUGCCCCAUAAGGCACCCUGAGCCUGUCUUGUAGUUUACAGUUAGAGCUCUAUUUUGUUAUGGUUUUUAAACUUCUAAACCCUGCUGCAUUUUCUUGGGCAGGUUUAUGUUGAUGUUCACCCACCACAAUUUUUUAAAAAUGUAAGCUCACAUACCUUUCCCUCUACUCCCAACCCCACCCUCCCUGGGCUCCCUACCCACACUCCACCCCAAUAUGAGGUGCCAGGGUUAGGUUUCUGGCCAUUCUCCCUUGCAGGGACUCCAGACAGCCUAGCAUCUCUCUGUCCCCCGCUGCCUGGGAUCUGACUUGUGCCCAGCUAUCAGAAAGGGGACAGUGAAAGAAAGAAAGCUUCUAAAUUCUGUGAUUCUCUCCUCACUCCAGCUUCGCAGCCAGGCAGGGCACAGGUAUCUAGCUGCCGGACUGGGGGAGGAUCUGGCUUGGCACAGGACCUAAGCUUGCUUGAAAAGCUACAGCCAAGUACCUCCUUCUAAUGAGGUCCAUGAGGAAGAGGAAGGUGGAUCUGCUGGGAGACCCAGGGUACACAUUUAAAGCAAGAAACUGACCAUUGUGCAGGUAGAAUUUGUUUGGGAAUGUAGAGCUCUACUAAAGGCAGAUGAUCCUGCAGCCCAAGAUCCAGAUAGGUUUGAUAAGACAGUAGGUGACUUGACAUGCACGCUUGCAAAACAUCUUGCUGGGGUGGUUUGUACAUGUGCUUGCUUGAAGGAGCAAACUUUAUGGCGUCUCAGUGUCUCUUCCUGCCUGAGGGUCUACUGAUUUGUCUUCUCUGCUGAGAUGGGCUGGGACAGCUGAGGGAGGUUCAGCCCCUGUUCCUGGAGUCAUGACUCAGUCCCAGAUUCUCCCUACCAAGCCCCAGAGGCGGCAACAAGGGAGAAAACCACAGAUGAGUACUCUGCCCAAGAGCCAACUGGCCAUUGAAUGCCGGAAGAUGGGACAGUCAGCUAGCAGGCACUGGUUCAGGGGCCAGGGAGACCAGUGCCCAUCUGUACACACUGGUGCUACUCCAAGAUUGGCUAUUGUGUUCUUGUGGUGUAGGGCAGGACAACUCUCUCCAGGAGUCUCCAGGCCUUCCAGGUUGUUUCUACUUUCAUUCACAGCAGGACUAACACACAUGGUGCCAGGAAGUGGCAGGCCAUAGGGGCAGGGGAGGAGACCUAUCUUUAUUUGAUAAUAUGAGAGCCAGGAAUUAGAUACCAGGGAAAGCUUCUGCAAUGAGACCCUGGAAUGAGUUCACAGGUCUCUUGUCUAGGCACCUUCAGGGUCUGGACCACAUGAAGUUGUGAAGUGAGUGGGGGGAGAUUCUUAGAAUUGAGUGUUGAACACAGGAAAUCUUGGAGAAGCCAUCUGCUAUGGUCCCUGCACCUUAGAGGAAGCCAUAAGGGGGAAGGCUCACCCCAGGGAUUGGGGUUACCACCCAGUGCCUUCCCCAGUGGGCACUGCCCCUGGGCAGUCCCAAGAGCCAUCCAUCUGACUCAGGGCAAGAGCCAGAAAGCUAAGGGGGCUGAGGAUGUCUGACUCUCCCUUCUCUUCCCUCUGUCGAACUGAGACUGCCAGUGGGGGUCCUGUCUCUUAGAGGGGACAGCAGUACCCUCACAUCUGUCACCAGCACAGGUGUGCUGCCAUUUCCCUAGCUUGGCUGAACCUGGGUCAAAGAGGACUAAGAGGGAUGAGAGGGUAUUUUCCAAAGGGACUUCAAAAGUUCUGCAGAAACAGGCCUCUGCUGGGGUGCAGGUGCCCCACAGACUCAUAUGUAUGGCCACAGGCUUUGGGAAGGCAGGGUAUAAGGACAACUAAAGAGGAAUAAGAAGGGUCAGAUGGCUUUGCCCACAGUCCUGGGAGCCUCAGAGGCCUAAGGCAUUUUGUGUCCUUCGAUGGGACCCAUCCUAUCACAGCCCAAGAUGCCAGCUCACCACCCACACGGAGACCUGCACAGCUCAGAGCUCAGGGUGUGGCAAAAGCUAAGCCUUUGCAGAUCACUGACGAAGGAUUCUGUUCAGAGGGAGCCACCUCACUGGCCUGAUUUUGCUCUUGUACUUCUUAUAAUGGUAGCUAUGUACUGACUCUGGCAGUUCUUAAAUAAAGUUAGUUUCUCAACUUGC